AUGAAGAAGUUAAUGGAAAUAAGGGUAGAUAAAGGGUUUGAUUUGGAGAAAGCGGUCUGUAAUCAUGGUUUUUUUAUGACGCUCCCAAAUCAAUGGAGUCCAUCUUCAAAGUUACUUCGACGUCCUUUACGACUUUCUGAUGGCUACUCUUCGGUUAUGGUCUCAAUCUCAUUUCACUUUUCAUCGAUUACAUAUUCACAUAUUCUUAUUAGCACUGACACCAAAGUCGCCGACUCUGAUCAGGAUGUCAUUAAGAAACAAGUUGUACGCAUGCUGAGGUUGACAAACAAGGAUGAAAAUGAUGUAAGGAAAUUCCAGGAAGUGCAUGCUGAAGCAAGAACUCAUGGAUUUGGUCGUCUUUUUCGCGCUCCUGAUUUGUUUGAGGAUAUAAUCAAGGCUCUUCUUCUUUGCAAUAUAACGUGGAAGAGAACACUGGAAAUGUGUCAAUAUCUUUGUGAGCUUCAAGCUGAACUUGAGUCGGGUAUGCAUAAAGAUUGUGCAUCUGCUCCUACGAUUAAACCCAGAAAAAUAAACGACUUCUUUCGGAGCUGCAAAAAAACAACCUCCAAAGUAAAUUUGAGAGCGCUAGGAAACUUCCCAAGUUCAAAAGAGUUGGCUGGUUUAAGUGAAGAAUUUCUUAAAAAGCGUUGUAAUCUUGGUUUUAGAGCAAAAUACAUAAUUCAAUUGGCUCAAUUGGUGGAGAAGGGUCAAUUAGAUGUAGAGCUUGACAAAUUAACUAGUUUUGAUGAUUAUGAUGAUAUUCGUAUGAAGAUGAUGAAACUCAAAGGUAUUGGUUCAUUUGCAACAGCCAACAUUUUAAUGUGUAUGGGAGACUAUCGAAACAUCCCUACAGAUACUGAAACAAUCAAGCAUUUGCGUGAGGUACAUGGUAUGGAAGAUUGCAAAGAAGCAACCCUGGAAAAGGAUGUCAAACAAGUUUAUGAUCAAUUUGCGCCUUACCAAUGCCUUGCUUACUGGUAUGAGAAUAUUGAAUCUUAUGAGAGGAAGCUGGGGACGAAACUAAGCAAUUUGUCUCCUGCAAACUAUCACACGGUAUCAAGCAGCUACUUGGCCCCAAAAAAUAACAAAUGCAUCACAUCAAGAAAAAGAAAGAGGUCUUGCUCGUCACCAUAA